GUUGUUACUUUGUGGUAUCGUCCUCCGGAUGUACUUUUUGGUGCAAAAAUCUAUACCACCUCAAUUGAUAUGUGGUCAGCCGGAUGCAUUUUUGCAGAGAUGUCCAAUGCUGGAAGGCCUCUUUUCCCCGGCUUCGAUGUAGACGAUCAGUUACGACGUAUAUUCAAGUUGCUUGGUACUCCGAAUGAAUCAAAUUGGCCUGGUGUAACGGAACUUCCAGAAUACAAGGUAUUUCACACUUACCCCCGAAACCCCAACUGGCAGCAAGUUGUGCCCAAGAUGUCUCCAAGAGGAAAAUAUCUUCUGCAGAAAGCUUGCUAG